AUGACUUAAGCAAUAGAUCAGACUGAAACAUAGAUGUUACAAGUCUACCUGUGUCGAUCUGGAAUCCAUCUGUGUUCAGUUACAUGAGUGGAGUACAAAUAUUAUUGACUUUGCAAACUCUCACAUCUGAAACAGCAGAUCUGAUCAGUUACACUGUCAUAAACACCAAGGAACUGCCUGUGGAGCUUUGACAUGCAGUUGUUAGGAGGCAAAAAGCUGGAGAAGGUUAUGAAAAUAUUGGCAAAGCUCUCAACUCCUCCCAGGAACACAUUGUUACAAAAUUGAAAAAAUAUGGUGCAACCCAGACACCAGUAAGACCAGGCCAGCCUUCAAAAAUGAACAACUGGAUGUGAAGGCCAGUUGUCGGCAAGGAGAUUCACAGGUUAGCUACACCACUAAGAGUGUAGCAGAACUCAUUGGCUGAAAUGGCUCAUCUCGCUCCAGGUGACAAUAAGCUCUUCAGCACUACACAGUUUCGGCCCCUUUGGAAGAAUGGCUAAUGUGACACAGUUACAUCUGGAGACAGCCAAAAGCAAGACCCUGAGAGCUUCUGGGAAAAGAUUUUGUGGUGCUGAGUUUGAAGUCGAGUGCUUUGACCUGAAGAUGAAGGAUUAUGUUUGGUGCAAUCAAAACAUUGCUCUUCACUCAGGUAACACCUUUGCUACCGUCAAUCAUAGUGGUGGCAGCGCUGUGAUCUGGUUGUGUCUCAGCAGGAGCAAUUGAGAAGAUGAUUUCCUUCUAGGGUGAGAUGGACAAAUACAGGCUAAUUUUGAAGGAGAACGUCUCACUUGACCAGAGACUUGAUUUCUUGUGAAGAUUUCUGUACUAAUAGGGUAUGACUUGAAACACAUUGCAAAAGACUGAACUCUUCUAGGAUGGCCCAGCCAAAGCCAACCCUUAAAUCCAACUGAAAAUCUGUGCUAUGACCUGAAAAUAUCCAGAAAACUGACGCGAUUGCUCUAACAUAGCAGAGAUGGGGCAAAUUUGCAUGGAGGAAUGAUUGAUAUUCUUCAAAAUUUAAACGUCGAAAGCUCAUACAUACAGUAUAAAUCCACAAAUACUGAGAACUUUGAUAACGAAAAUGAGAAGGACGCACUGGAAGAAAAAACAUUUUCGAAAGAAACAUUUUUGCAUAACAAUUGCACUUCAUUUCUUUCAUUCAUGUUUAAUUUCAUUCUUACUGAACAAGGGAAACAUUGCAUUCCUGUUAUGAAUUUUAAGGUGUAACACAAAAGUGACGAGAGCUAAGGGGGGGAUGUUUUCUGGAGCAACUGUACAGUACACAUCUUGCACUGGCUACAGAAGUAUACACUCUCCUUUUGAAUGGAUAUUUAUGAAGCACAUAGUGAACAUGCUGAAAUGUCAUGAAGUUUAUGGUGACUUCAGAGACUUCAGCAGUCCAAAAUGUCACUUUUAGAGCUUCCGUGGGGCACAGCUGCCAAAAGAGGCUUUCGGCACUAUAGUGGAAGCAGCAGAAGGAGGCAAAGCGCUCAGUUUCUGGUCUGACGCAAUGCAAACUGACGCAAGGUAGGAAGGAGAACUGCGCCCCCGUUGUUUCCCAUGGCCACUGGAUUCCAAUUAUUCAGCCUGCAAAGCUCUUAUAAAAGCAGCAUUUUGCCAUCACACAGGUCUUAUGCUGUGGGCCACCGCUAGGGAUAGGGUUUCUUUUCCAGAAUGCAGCUUGUUUCCUCGAAAUCCGAGACUCUGAAUAAACAUGACUCAUGCUGGUCAUAUACCACUCAUGCCAGUCACACACUCUGACGGCCGUACAACAUUCUCGAGCUCAUCGAAAGUUAAGCAAACAGGCUUGUGACCAAAAGGUUGUUUAAAUCUGAGGACUCACACUCCUAUGACUGAUGAUGGGAACUUGGAGAUUUAAGAUAAAAAUUGUAGUACUGGCUUUUCAAACUCCAGCAGCCAUUUCCUGCAUCGCAAUUGCACCUUUCUGAAAUUUUCUUGACUGAGAAUAUAUUUGGAACACAGAAAGAAAAAUAUGAAACUGGGGUUCAAUAGCAGAUCUCCAUCCCACAGGAAGAAUAGCUGCUCGAAGUCCCUUCAAGGGAAAAUAAUGGCAUAUUUUCAUAUUGUUUCACUUUGCCUUUGCGCUCCUGACUGAAUCACGUGAUGCCUCUGACAAAAUUUGAGCGUGCUUCGUUAAGGCCCCUCCAGCUAUUACACUUGUGAUGUUUUCUGUGCCUCUGGUUUAAUCGCAUGACCUUUGCUCGCUGUUUGAAGGAACUCCAGUGAGCUUGCGAACACCAUCUUUGCCGAAGAAGAAGUGCGAGAGAUAAAAAAGCUCUUUUGCAUGAUGAUGCUCUUCUUUUACCCUCCUUGCACACGUCACUACUCUCGCAAGGACUGACCUUCCGGCCGUUUCCCCCGGCGAGGUGUCAACGCGCUUAUCAGCCAUCUCUCCUGCGGAUAGGGCGGUCCCCCCCCCCACCCCCCGGCACGGGGGUCUCCCAGCGAUUAACACUGUGCACGAGGACCAGAGCCUAAGCCUCAGCCUGCGAGAGCUGGCAGCCACGCCUCGCAUAGUUCCCUCCACACAUCAUCCACAGCGAAUCAGAGCCACAUUGGGACAUAAUUACCACUUCCUGACACGGGGCCAAUCCGUCCGACCAGCCAUAUCCGUCUUCAUUAGAGUGCGUACAGACCAUUCACUUAACAGCCGCUCCACAAAAAAAGAAAAAGCAGGAAAAAAGAAAACAGUCUUGCAUGGGACAGCUAAGGCUGAGCAAAGGAACUUUCUCUCCACCAGAGUUGUAAUAUCAAAAAAAAAAAAAGACUGCAGGGCUCUCCGGCGGGGAGGGGCUGGUGAGGCUAACGCCUACAGCAGCCGAGGGUCUGGACAGGGCUCCCCCCGCUCUCCUCCUCUCCCGCUGCGGAGGAGCGCCUCUCCGAUGUGGCCCCUGUGGCCUUUCUCACUGAGUUGUCAGGGAGGGAGGCGGCCGCAGGCUGGGCGCGCACUCCGCCGUGAGUAGCAGCCGGGGCAGCCACACGCAACCGGAUUGCACCUCCGCCGCUCCAUGGACGACUGCGUUACCAUCAAGAGAAAGCUGCUCCACAGGCCCAUCUUCAGGUUGAGAUGUCUGCUGAAGCAGCUGGAGAGGGGCGAAGUCAAUGUUCCGGACCUGAAGAAGAACAUCGAGUAUGCAGCCUCGGUUCUGGAGGCAGUCUACAUCGAUGAGACCAGGAGGCUGCUGGAUGCUGAGGAUGAGCUCUGCGACAUCCAGGCCGACUCCGUGCCCAUGGAGGUUCGCGACUGGCUGGCCUCCACGUUCACCAGGAAGAUGGGCGUGGUACGACGGCGGCCUGAGGAGAAGCCGCGGUUCCGCAGCAUCGUUCAUGCGGUGCAAGCUGGUAUCUUUGUGGAGAGGAUGUACAGAAGGACGUCCAACAUGGCUGGCUUGACAUACUCCCCGGCUGUGAUCGCUGCUCUGAAGGAUGUGGACAAAUGGUCCUUCGAUGUUUUUGCCCUCCAUGAAGCCAGCAGUGAUCAUGCCUUGAAGUUCCUGGUCUACGAUCUCCUCACGAGAUAUGACCUGAUCACCCGCUUUAGGAUACCAAUCUCUGCCCUGGUCUCUUUCGUGGAAGCACUGGAGGUGGGCUACAGCAAGCACAAGAACCCAUACCACAACCUGACGCACGCCGCUGAUGUCACUCAGACUGCCCACUACCUAAUGCUUCACACUGGUGUCAUGCACUGGCUCACCGAACUGGAAAUACUAGCCAUGGUGUUUGCAGCUGCUAUCCAUGACUUUGAACACACUGGUACGACCAACAACUUCCACAUCCAGACCAGGUCCGAGGUGGCCAUUCUCUACAACGAUCGAUCUGUCCUGGAAAACCACCACGUCAGCGCAGCCUACAGACUCAUGCAAGAGGAUGAGAUGAACAUCUUGGUGAACCUGUCGAAAGACGACUGGCGGGAGCUGCGCACGCUUGUCAUUGAGAUGGUCAUGAGCACGGACAUGUCUUGCCACUUCCAGCAGAUCAAGACCAUGAGGAACGCCCUGCAGCAGCCUGAGGGAAUAGACAAGGCUAAAGCCUUAUCUCUGAUGCUGCAUGCAGCCGACAUCAGCCACCCUGCCAAAUCCUGGGAUCUGCACUUCCGCUGGACCCAAGCCCUGAUGGAGGAGUUCUUCAGACAGGGUGACAAGGAGGCAGAGCUAGGGCUGCCCUUCUCUCCUCUGUGCGACCGCAAGGCCACCAUGAUCGCCCAGUCACAAAUAGGGUUCAUUGACUUUAUAGUUGAGCCAACCUUCUCUGUGCUGAUUGACUCGACAGAGAAAAUCAUUUCUCCUCUUAUAGAGGAAGCCAUAAAAUCGGGGGACUCUGGAGUGCGGAGGUCCAGCUUGACUGGCGGAGGCUUGGGGACAGUGGUGGAGUCGGUGCAGAGACACAGUGACCGCGGCUCCACCGCUGACCAGGGCACCUCCAUAGACUACUCCCUGGCCGCCAUCAACCUGAAGCACGUACGCCACACCCUGUCUGAUGUCAUCCAGCAAAACAAGGAGCGCUGGAAGGAGCUGGCAGUGCAAGAGCUGGCAAAUAAAGAAAAGGAGAUGUCUUCUGGCAGAGAAGCUCCAGCGGAAGAAAACAAGGCCAAGGACACGGCUCUGAUGGACAUGGCGUUGACACGGACACAGCAGCAGACGGCCAGCGAGACGGAAUCGAACCCAAACGAACUGAAUAAUGUAAACUCCCCGAACUCCUCACAGAAUUCACUGAGCCUGGAGCCAACGUCCCCUUUGGAGGAGUGUCCUGGCUCACCCGCGCAGACCCUCGACUCUGGGCAUCCGCCAUGGAACGGUACCGAUACCCCCACCAACAGCAGCCUGCAUGCAAUGACAGUAGUGCUGAAGCCCUGUGGUCAUUCAUAAAAUCAUGGUUAUUUUCACCGAGGCACACAGUCGUGUGCGCAACGUGUUCUGGAAGAAUCCAUUCUGAUUCUGAACCCUUGUAGGUGAUGUUCUCCUUCUUGGUACUUGCACAACUGUGUCCAAUUUGUGUGCUUGCGUUUACACUGGUUACUGCAUCAUCGGGGGGUGCCUUGUGUGCCCUGAUAUCCUUCCAGCUCUAGGCUGUACCUUGGUGACCACUCAACAACAUCGGUUGUAAAAAAAUAUCUUUUUUGCAUUAAUUGUUGGGAAUUAAACUGAAUUGAAAGUUAUGGGACAGUCUUACUGUUGCUAUAAUCACCCCCAGUACCGAGCCAAAUGCCAUGGAUCAGACAUGUGACUCUAUUGUAUACUGUGUUUACUAAUCAGCGAUGCCUUGACCUUCUUGCCGUGGUAACAAUUGAGUGGCCUCGCUUCGCUGACGUUGUUCUUUUUCAGUCACACCUUUGCUUACGAACCAUGAUCUGACUUCAGCGCGAUACCAUUAACCCCUUCCUGCCUUGGUAACACAUGUUAUGUCAUUGCAGGAGAGAAACGAGCGGCCGACCGUGACGAUGCAGAGAGCCCGUGACGUCCAAUGCCACAAAUUUGCUUCCCAGAUAUUAUUUUUCUGUUUUUGUACAUUUGUUUUAUUUUAAGUCUAAUGUAUUGUUAUUUAUUAAAGAUGGGUUACUGUUUCC